CUCGUUGAUUUAAUGAUUUCUAUUUUUUAAAAGCAAUUGGAAUAAGGAAAAAAUCCAUACUUGAUGAUGGGAGUAAUAAGCUUUGAUAACGAUCUAUCAUUUCUCUCAACGUCACUGUUCUUCUGUUUACUUCCCUUGCUCGUUUUCUUCCUCUUCUCCAACAUAUUCUCAUCAAAACCCAGUAAUAAAAUCCCCAGAUCGUAUCCUCUGGUAGGUUCUUAUUUCUCACUUCUGAAAAACAGAGACCGCCGGUUUCAAUGGCUUUCCGAUGCCAUCAAUGCCUCCCCCAACCUGACCUUCACCUUACACCGCCCUGGAAUCUCCAAGGUCUACACUGGUAACCCUUUAAAUGUCGAGCACAUCCUCAAAACCCGCUUCUCUGUUUACUCGAAAGGCGAUUUCGCAAGAACCAAUUUAGCUGAUUUUCUCGGCGACGGAAUCUUCAACGUCGACGGCGAGAAGUGGAAGUUUCAGAGAGAGGUCGCCAUCCACGAGUUCAACACCAGGUCUCUGCGCAACUUCGUCUCCACCGUCGUCGAUGCAGAGCUCUCCGGCCGCUUAAUUCCCAUUCUGUCCUCUGCUUCGCGGGAAAAAACGGUUCUUGAUUUUCAGGAUAUUCUUCAAAGAUUCGCUUUUGAUAAUAUCUGUAAGAUCUCUUUCGGGUAUGAUCCUGGGUAUCUCUCGCCGUCCCUGCCGGCGGCGACUUUGGCGGUCGCUUUCGAGGAAGCUCUGAAGAUCAGCAGCCAAAGAUAUGACGAAAUUAGCCCUCUUGUCUGGAAAUUGAAACGCCGUUUCAACAUUGGAUCCGAAAGGAAGCUCCGGAUUGCGGUUUCCGAGGUGCGGGAAUUCGCCAGGAAAAUCGUAAGGGAGAAGAAGAAAGAACUGGAGAAGAAGUCAACGCUGGACUCCGUUGACCUCCUGUCAAGAUUCUUGAGCUCCGGCCACUCGGAGGAGAACUUCGUCACCGAUAUCGUCAUCAGCUUCAUACUCGCCGGCCGGGACACGACGUCCGCCGCCUUGACUUGGUUUUUCUGGUCAAUUUCCCGGCAACCGGAAGUUGAAGAUAAGAUCUUGGAAGAGGUGAGAUCGCAAUCCGAGGCGGCGGUGGACGGUGAGCUAAAGCACAUGGUUUACACCCACGCCGCCCUCUGUGAGGCGAUGAGGCUUUACCCGCCGGUUCCGGUGGACUCAAAAACGGCCGGCGAGGAUGAUAUUUUGCCGGACGGGACGGCAGUGAAGAAGGGGUGGAGGGUAAGUUAUCACGCGUAUGCUAUGGGGAGGGCGGAGGAGCUGUGGGGGAAGGAUUGGGCGGAGUUCCGCCCUGAACGGUGGCUGAACAGGGACGGAGACGGGAAUUUGAGCUUCGUGGGGAAAGAUCCGUACGUAUAUCCGGUGUUCCACGCAGGGCCGAGGAUUUGUCUAGGUAAGGAGAUGGCUUUCUUACAAAUGAAGAGGGUGGUGGCCGGCGUUUUGGGGCGGUUCAGGGUAAUACCGGUGGCGGAGGACGGCAAGGAACCCGUCUACGUAGCCUAUCUAUCCUCAAAGAUGAAGGGUGGUUUCCCGGUGAUGGUUAAGGAAAGAUAUACUACAGGGAAUGAACUUCAUUAAAUUAUGGUGACAACUCCGAUAAAAAAUGGGGUGCCGUACCUACCAUGCAUUUGAUUGGUCCAAAUCAUUAAAUCUCUUUUAAUUUAGAUUUAAAUAAUUCAACUGCAUGAUUCUGAUUGGUCCAUGUGGACAAAGAUAUGGUACCUUAUGGGUACCAUAGAAUCUACCUUAAAUUAUACCGUUAUUGUUGUUAAAGCUAAUUCAAUACAUGCUAAUUGGUUCAAAAUAAAAAAAAAAUUAAUUAAAAUAGGAAUAAAAUAUAGGAAUAUUGUCCUAAGUAGAAG